AUGGGAGACUACGGCCCCUCGGCCCCGCCCCUCCACUCCACCCCCGUGGGCAAUCCCUCGCACCCCGCGCCCAGUGCCAACGAGAUCUCUGUGCUGGUAACGGGAUUUGGCCCCUUUAAAACCAACCUCGUCAACGCCUCCUACCUGAUCGCCUCCUCUCUCCCGCCCUCCUUCACCUUCCCGUCCCCAAAGUUCAAGGAAGCAGGCGAAGGUGAAGUCGAACAGGAAGAUGAGGUAGAGCGCCGCAUCUCCCUCCAUGUGCAUCCAUUUCCCAUCCCCGUCGCCUACGCGACCGUCCGGGAGAUGCUCCCUGUCAUCCUGGAGCAGUACGCGGCGGCGCACGACGGACGGCGGCCUGACCUGAUAAUCCACAUCGGCAUCGCCUCGCCAAGACCCUACUACUCCGUCGAGACGCUCGCACACCGCGACGACUACAACAUCACUGAUAUCGAAGGCCGCAGCGGGUACGAGGACGGUGAGAAGCGGUGGAGGGAGAUGGGACUGCCCCCUGUCCUCUCCCCCGGCCUCGCGAUGGAAGAAAAUGAGGAUAACAACUCAACGGGCACUGAUGUCACCAGCACUGGCAUUAGCAUUAGCGCCAGCGCCAAAACCCGGCUCGCAAUCCCAUACCCACCUGACGACCACUUCCUACAGAUGUGGAAAUCGCUGGCCCCGGAAAACCUGGAUCUGCGCAUCUCGCAGGAUCCCGGGCACUACCUGUGCGACUUUAUUUUCUACACGAGCCUGUCCCUGGCCAAGCAGCAGGGUGCGGAUCGCAACACGCUCUUCCUUCACGUCCCCGGGGCAUCGGAGGAUGCAGAUAUCGAGCGUGGUCGGGAAAUUGCGCUCGCGCUGAUCAAGACGAUGGUCACCUGCUGGAUUGAUGAGAAGCGUGAGGUUCCUCCAUGA